AAUGAUGAAAACAUUGCAAAAGGCAUAAAAAUAAUAACAAUAACCUGAAUGUGUUGUGCGUUGUGUGUGUAAACGAGACAGAAAUAAAGAAAGAGAGACAAAGAGAGAGAGAGAGAGAGAGACAGUUUCGUGAUGAAAUUAUUUAUGAAAAAUAAAUGCAAUAUAUUGCUGUUGAUGUGGCUGUGGGAGGUCCAAGUUCCGUUGCUGGUCCUGGGCCAAGCAUCCGUUAUGGACACGGCCACGAAUGCAACAUGCAAACAUGCCACGGACAUGUGGGGAGAUCCAAAUCCCAACAUAUUCUACGUCUGUGCUGUGGUAGACGAAAAGCAAACGCCACUGCAGCUGCACUGCCCGCAGGGACGUGGAUUUUUCAAUGGCCUCGGCUAUUUGGGUUGCCUGCCCUAUGACCACUGGCCAGCCUGUCGUCCAACUGUGGAACAGACAAACGUUCAGCUGGCGGCUGGCUGUGAUAACCAGUCCCAGGCCGAGACCCAGCCGUGGCCCACACAGGAUCCCAAUCAAUUCUACAUGUGCCCGGGCAUUGCGGCCGUACCGUUGUUACUCAGCUGUGCGCCAGGAAAGGGUUUUGUGGCCACAAUGGCAACUGUGGGCUGUGCGGAUUGGUCAGUUUGGCGACGUCAGAUGCAAUGCGAGGAGUUCUACUGAGAGGCAUUAACUCAAAAUGUUGAAUAAUAAUAACCAUGGCGACAUUGGCAUUCACCCACAGUGUGUGUACAUGGGCAUUUUCAUUGGAUUUUUUCAUCUUGUUUCAUUUAAUUAGAAUUAAUCUAUGUCAGACAAUAAGAUGGGUGAUAUAAUCUCAUUGAUUAGUAAGUGUCGUAUUAAACUAAUUUUAGUAAACAGAACUAACAAAUUUACAAUUAUAUCUACAAACAAAAAUUUUUCAAUUUAAAAGUUAAUUAAUUUGUUCCCAACUGAUUAG